GGGCAAAGUGAAAAGAGAAUAGUCAUUACUCUUAUACACAUGUUACUGAUACAAUAUCCCUGUUGAUUUGUGAAUUAUCUGAUUAUGAUCAGACCUGAUUUUGUAAGAUCUUAAUUGAUCUGAUAAAAUCAGAUCUGAUAUGCUAUUGGAUGUUUUAGGAAAUUAGAUCAAAUAAAAUCAUCCCUUGAUUAUCAAAUCUGCUAGAAUCAAGGGAUCAGAUAGCUAGUUUAUUUGUUUGUUUCUACUAUAAAUUUGUACCCCUACAGAUGAAUAAAGUAUGCAACUUGGGUACCAAAACUUUCAUGGUAUCAGAGCAGCUUUAUUCUUGUGUUAUUCAUGACUAAAACAACAUUUACUGGGCAACGUCACCCAGCAGCAUCAACAGAAGCUGAGAAUUCUGUUAACAAAGUUCCGACCGAGACAACUAUGAACCAAGGCGGAGAUUCCUCUCAUUUGUCUUUUCAGCUUACUUCUCACAAGCUGAAUGGCAAGAAUUAUUUGGAAUGGGCGCAGUCUGUUCGUUUGGCAAUUGAUGGUCGAGGAAAACUUGGGCACCUAACUGGAGAGACAAAAAAGCCUGAACCAGGAGACCCAAAAAUGAAUGCCUGGAGAUCAGAAAACUCAAUGGUAAUUGCUUGGCUACUGAACUCCAUGGAAGCUGCCAUAGGUAAACCAUAUUUGUUUCUUCCCACUGCUAGGGAUGUUUGGGAGGCUGUUAGAGAGACUUAUUCUGACGUAGAAAAUGCUUCUCAGAUUUUUGAAUUAAAAAUUAAACUGUGGAAAGUUAGGCAGGGGGAGAGGGGUGUUACUAUUUACUAUAAUGAGAUGGUUUCCUUAUGGCAAGAAUUAGAUCAAUGCUAUAAUGAUGAAUGGGAGUGUCCUAAGGAUAGUGUAAAAGCAAUGAAAAAAGAAGAAAAUGAGAGGGUAUAUCUAUUUCUAGCAGGAUUGAACCAAGAAUUUGAUGAACUUCGUUCACGAAUUCUUGGAAAAAACCCACUGCCAACUUUGAGGGAAACUUUUUCUGAGAUUAGGCGAGAAGAAACAAGGAGGAAUGUUAUGCUAAAAUUAGAUUCUAAUCUGGAAGGAAAAAAUAUAGAUUCCUCUGCUCUAGUUACUGCGAAAAAUGAAAAUGACAAGAAAAAGAAGCCGUGGUGUGAUCUUUGCAAAAAAUACUGGCACACUCGUGAGACCUGCUGGAAAAUCCAUGGGAAACCACCUAACUGGAAGAAAAAGGGGGCAGACAACCGUGGCAGCCAGGCCUUUCAGAGUUCCAGCGAAGAAUCAGGGCUGCAACCUUCUCUAGAAGUGCCACCAUUCACCAAGGAGCAAUUAGAGCUACUGCACAAACUUCUCCAAUCUCAGCUCCAAACCAGUAAACUCGAUCCUUCCACUCCCACUUGUUCUUUUUCCCAAACAGGACAAGGUCUCGGGGAGGACGAUUGGCAAUGCUAGAGAGUCUGAAGGUCUCUAUUUUCUUGAAGAUGGUGACAAAUCAGCAAAUUUUAGUUCAACUUGUUUGAAUUCGGUUCUAGUUGAUAAUAAAGUCAUGUUAUGGCACUAUAGACUUGGUCAUCCCAGUUUUCAUUAUUUGAAACUCUUGUUACCUCAGUUAUUUAUGAAUAA